GCAUCUUUCUUGUCAAGAUUCAAGUCCCUUUCUUCCUCACCCCCCUCACCCGCAGCAACUCAAGUCCAGACUGAGCUCAGCCCCUUCCUACUUUCUGGAGGUUCGGGUUUAUCUGGGAACCAAGAGGACGUUAUUCAGGAGCUGUGCGCCUUCAGGUGAACCAAGGCUCCUGUUGGACUCUUACGGGGAGGGGUGCGAGCCAGAACCGGCGACUGGCUUUUUGCAGCUUUUUCCUCGAGAAGCACCUCUUCAGAGAGCGAUCCGGGAGUCAUGACGACAAUCUCGGCUCUCUGUGUGCUCUUACUGUGCCAGCUUUUGACGUCGUCCUCUGGCCAGAGGCCUGGCCCGCGAGGAGCCACUGGGGUAGCAGGGCCGCCCGGGCCCCCUGGACGGGACGGCAUUGAUGGCAAGCCUGGACCUCCGGGAAUGGCAGGCAAAGCAGGCCCCAAAGGAAAAGCAGGAAUACCGGGAGUAGCAGGAAAACCGGGCUUGCCAGGACUUCCUGGGGUGGAUGGUCUGACGGGUCCUGAUGGUCCCCCUGGGAAGGACGGACCUGCAGGAGAGGCAGGAGACACCGGACCACCUGGGCCACCUGGACCUGCUGGCAGAGGGAGAUCAGGAGCUCCCGGUUUAGCCGGGACCAACGGGUUGCCAGGUGGAGUCGGACCUCAGGGUGCCGUGGGUGCUGAGGGUCUUCCAGGGCUUCCGGGACCUCCUGGUCCUGAUGGACCACCUGGUCUUCCUGGUACUCUUCAUGAUCUCACUGGUGACCUUCUGUGUCCUGCCAUCUGCCCCUCGGGUCCACCUGGUCCUCCAGGGAUGCCAGGAUUUAAGGGCCACACAGGCCAUAAGGGAAACAAGGGAGAAGUUGGGAAAGAUGGAGAGAAGGGUGACGCUGGUCCUCCUGGUCCCCCAGGCUUUCCAGGGACAGUUGGCCUACAGGGCCCACGCGGUCUAAGAGGUUUGCCGGGUCCGAUGGGAUCUGUGGGAGACAGAGGACUGGCGGGAUUCAGAGGCAAACCUGGCAUCGCCGGCAUCAUCGGAAAGACCGGUGAUACUGGAGAAAGGGGUCCCCAGGGUUUCAGAGGUCCUAAAGGAGAAAUUGGUAAAAUUGGUCCGAAAGGAGCCAUUGGUGGUGCUGGGCCCAAAGGGGAACCCGGAAUUCCUGGCAGAGAUGGCAAAGACGGAACACCAGGAAUGGAUGGCGCGAAGGGUGAUGCUGGACAACAUGGGGUAGUUGGAGAAAAAGGACCAAAUGGGCUCCCUGGUCUGCAAGGAAAGGCUGGUAGCAAAGGCUCCAAAGGCGAAAUUGGUGAUCCAGGAAAGGCUGGGGAGACGGGACCCUCUGGAGAGCCAGGUAUUCCUGGUGACAUUGGCAUACCAGGAGAGAGAGGCAUAGCAGGACCCAGAGGAGUGGCUGGAGGCAUUGGACCUGCAGGCAUCCCAGGACCUCAGGGAGUGAAAGGUUUCCAGGGCAUCACGGGGACUUUGGGGGAUCCAGGUCUUCCAGGUCCGACAGGGGUCCGAGGAGAGUUUGGUGAAAGAGGGCCGGUUGGAGCUUCGGGACCCAAAGGAGACAUGGGUGUAGCGGGAAGUGACGGUUUACCUGGAGAGAAUGGAGAACCUGGCCAUUUUGGACCAGUUGGACAAAAAGGAGAGUCAGGGAAACGAGGAGAACUGGGACCUAAAGGUGUCGUGGGACCACAAGGAGAACUUGGGGCAAGAGGGCCCCCGGGAAAACCUGGAUUAAUGGGCUUCCAGGGCGAACAGGGUCUUCCUGGGAUAGCUGGAAAAACAGGUGUACCUGGUAAACUCGCAAGUGAACAGCACAUCAGAGAGUUGUGUGGCUCAAUGAUCGAUGAUCAAAUUGCACAACUGGCCGCCAAUCUUCGCAGACCCCUGACACCGGGGAUGGUCGGCCGACCCGGACCGGCUGGUCCUCCAGGACAGCAGGGAUCAGCCGGCUCCAUCGGUCACCCAGGUGCCCGUGGACCUCCAGGAUACAGAGGCCUGCCAGGAGAACUGGGAGAUCCUGGUACCAGAGGUGACGUUGGUCAGCAAGGUGAUAAAGGACCCAUCGGCAAAGCAAUCGAGGGCCCCGUUGGAGACCAAGGAUACCAAGGUCUUCCCGGAGUUCCGGGUAUCGUUAAAGAUGGCCGUGAUGGCUCUCCUGGAGAUCCAGGUGAGCCUGGAGAGCACGGCAGGGUAGGUAGGACUGGGCACCAUGGACCUCCUGGAAUCUGUGAUACAUCAGCCUGUCAGGGAGCAUCAGUCGCUGUGAAAUCAGCUCACCCUAAAAACUAUUAAAUAUUGCUUCCUGCUGCCACCUGUUGCCAUCUGAACCAACAACCAAAAAGAAAGGUGGGGGGGAGGAUGGAAGUAAAGACCAGGGUGGUCGCAAAAUCUCCUCUUUAUUUGAAUAUGCAUAUCGCAGGCUGGAAGGCAAACAUCAACAGGUGUGACAUUUUCAGAGGAACAGAUGAACAUCGGACAACAUGUGACAACAAUAACAGCAAGUGAGAGUUCCCCUGCGAAAAUCCCGCUGUCAUCCGUAAAUCAAGUGGAUGCAUGGACAAAGUGCUCGAGAACAUCAACAUUCCCACCAAAUAUUAUCACUUAAGACUUGUGGGGAAAAAAAAGAUGAGUGCUUUGUGUAUAAAAACCUUGUACAUGUCCUUGCCCCCAUUUCUUUGGUCUACUCUGACAACAACGGCGAGUGUACAUAAUGGCCCAUUGAUGUAGAGCCCAGGUGGUACCUCAGCACACAAGUGUUUCGCGUUCAAGAUGCAAAUAGGAGCGUUAGGUCACUGUAAAGCAACAAUGUGUGUUCAACAACAAGCAAGUGUAGACUAAUCCCCAAAAGAUGACCCUUUUUUUUCCUCGUCAGCUAUUAUUUUAUUUUGAUUUUUUUUUUUUGGUACUAAUGCUGUUUCAUAACAUUUGAAGUUGAAACUUUAGAAUCGAAUGGCAAAUAAAACUUGUGGAUGAAGAAAUCACACGUAAAAUAAAUUCCGUAAUCUUAGGUGCAGUUCUUUUCCCUUUUUUUGCGGUUGGAUUCUGCAACGACCACAUCCACGAUGUACUGGCGGUGCUGUAACUAUGACAUAAACAAUUAAACACUAUUUAUUAUUUGUGGGUUACUGUUGUAUGUACACUUGACAGAUGAUACAGCGACAUGUUGUAAGAACGAACAAAUAAAGCCACUUUUCAGUAA